AUGCUGGACACGACAAAAGCAUCGACAGUUAUUGUCCCCCUCCCUGAUCGAGACCUUUCCCCGUCAGAAUCGAAGUGUAUUUCGCUGAUCGAAGAAGCAUCGACCGUCACGCUCUCUAUUACACGCGACAGCCUUAUUUCCCCCGACCAAGGGAAUUUGUUGUCGUUCAUACGUCGCGUGUCGAGUAGUCUGCAGGAUGCAGGCACCGUCAACGUCGCCGAAGCACUUGAAGAAGGCUUACAGCGUUGCACUGCCGAGACUGAUUUUGGCGGGUAUGGGUUGAACGAACAAGAAACCUUGCGUCCGUCGGACGAAGCAGACGUUAUAUUCCUGUGCUCGGCUUUCCUUGAAGCCCUCAAGAGUGCUGCUCGAGCGCGAUCAAGGCCGCAGUUGUUCUCCGAGAGGCCCAAAGGAAGGCGUGGAAUGACCAUGGCGGAGAAGAUUUUCGCGAUGCACGACGUAUCGCGCCGUGGCUAUGUCAAGCCUGGAGACAUCAUCCAAGUCGACGUCGACUGGGUCCUGGCGUCCGAGCUCUCCUGGCAGGGUAUGGAAACUGUGUAUGAUUCGGUGGGGAGACCGGGCAUCUUUAGAAACGAUCGCUUUUGGCUCGCUGGUGAUCAUCGAGUCGAGCCUCCGUUGUACGAUCAACCCAAGGUGAAAAAACUCAUGGACACCAGUCUCCGGGCCAAGCAGGAUUUCAAGAUGACCGAUUUUCAAGGAUUCAAUUAUACGAUCAUGCACACCGAGUUCGUUCGGGAGCGUGCACAACCUGGAAUGCUGUGUAUAGGAGCCGAUUCGCACUCCUGCUCGGCUGGGGCUGUUAGCUGUCUAUCUAUCGGCAUGGGUGCCACGGAUGUCUGUAUGCCUCUGGUGACUGGACAGACUUGGUUCAGCGUGCCAAAGACGGUCAAUCUUCAUCUGAUCAACCAGCCACCGCGAGGGAUUGGCGGAAAGGACACGAUCUUGUACAUCUUGAAAGAGUUUAAGAGAAACACGAUCGCCGCGGAUCGCGUUGUUGAGUUCACCGGACCUGGCCUGCAACAUUUAUCGUGUGAUGCGAGAUUUGCAAUCGCCAACAUGUGCACGGAAUUCGGCGCGGUAACUGGCAUCUUCGAAGCAGACGAAAGAACCACGGAGUUUAUCGGAGGCCGACGACGCGCAAAGAAACACAAAAGCGACGCCGUGUAUUUCAAGGCAGAUCCGGACGCCGAAUACGCCGAAACUUUUGAGGUGGACCUAUCCAAAGUCGAGCCCUUUGUCGCUGUAGCGCCAUCUCCAGACAAUGUGGUGCCCGUUAGUGAAGUUGCAGGGACUCGACUGGAUGGCACCUUCAUUGGAGCUUGCACCACAGCCGAGGAAGAUCUGAUCAUAGGUGCGUUGGUGUUGAAAGCUGGCCUCGAGCGUGGGCGGAAGCCUGCCGACCACGGACGGCGAAUAGUGGUGCCUGGAUCCAAACCGAUCCGACACAAGCUCGAAAAGAUCGGCCUCCUCGACAUUUACAAACGAGCUGGUUUCAAGGUCAGAGUUCCAGGUUGCAGCAUGUGCAUUGGUCAGGGCGUCGACCAGGCUGCACCUGGAGAGGUGUGGAUGUCAUCGCAAAACCGCAAUUUUCCGAACCGAAUGGGCCCCGAUUCAUUGGCAAAUCUCGGAUCCGCGGCCACAGUCGCUGCCUCGUCUUUCUCCAUGACCAUCACCGAUCCCAAGCCCCUUUUGGAGGUCAUCGACCCGGCAUAUCUGCAGGAAUGCCUUGGCGAUCAGCCAUUCUCUAUGACAGAAGGGCCUGAAACUAAGCAGCAGCCCAUCUCCUACUCAGAGCCGUACGGUGUCGACAAUGACAAGCAGGUCAAAAGCCAGAAACCUUCCGUUUCAGAGAAUUCCGACCCAACUACUGCAGGUUCUGGCCAACCGCACUCGGCAGGAGAUGUGAUCGAUGGGAAAGUGCUGCUUCUGGGUGAUUUCAUAGACACAGAUGCCAUCAUCCCAUCCAAGUUUCUCGCAGGCAACACCACGAGUGAGUCCCUCGGCGUGCACUGCAUGGAGUUCUUCAUGCCCGAAUUCCGACAAAUGGUCAAGGACGGCCUGAACAUUGUCGUGGGAGGUGAAGGGUUCGGAUGUGGCUCGUCACGAGAUGUUGCGGUCAACGCCCUGCUCGGCGCCGGUGUCAAAUGUGUCAUCGCAAAAUCGUUCGCUUUCAUUUACGCCCGCAACCAGCCCAACAUCGGACUCCUAGGGAUCACCAUCGCGGAGGACGAAUUUCAUCGUCUAGCCGUGCAGGGGGAAGAGAUCAGUAUCGACUUGAGCAAAAGUCAGGUCCGAUGCGGAGGCAGGUCUUUUAGUUUUCAGCUCAGUGACAUGGAGAAGUCCCUCAUUGCGGCUGGCGGCUUGACGGAAGCGUUCAAGAAAUUUGGCACUCAGGUCUUCGAUGCACUAUGUCGGCAUAAGAAAUCGGCGAGACGUCCACCGCAAAAGGGGACUGAUAUCGAAAGUAUCGGGUACUGA